AUGAAUAGAAUUUGCGCUGUUGCUUUCCUCAUCGCAGCCUUGUGUUUGGUUUCUGUGGCUUUUGCCUCUACUGAACAAAAGAGUUUCCAUCAGAGAAAUCCAUGUUAUAGAAAGGAUAAACGUUAUGAUGGUUCCGAUCCACGUUAUGUCAAGUCUGUUAUCAAAACUCCUAGACCACACGAUAUUUAUGCUCCACAAGAUCUUCCAUCUUCUUGGGAUUGGAGAAAUGUUAGUGGUGUUAACUAUUUGUCUGUUACUAGAAAUCAACACAUUCCAACAUAUUGUGGAAGUUGUUGGGCUCACGGAAGUACUUCUGCUUUGGCUGAUAGAAUUAACAUUGCCAGAAAGGGACAAGCUCCACGUGCUCUCCUCUCUGUUCAACACGUUAUUGCUUGUGGUGAUGCUGGAAGUUGUGAAGGUGGUGAUGAUGUUCCUGUCUAUCAAUAUGCUCAUGAUUAUGGUAUUCCUGAUGAAUCUUGUAACAAUUAUAAGGCUCAAGAUCAAGACUGUACUGCUUUUGCUAAAUGUGGUACUUGUAAUUCCACUGGAUGUUCUCCAAUCACAAACUUCAAGAGAUGGAAGGUUGGAGAAUAUGGUAGCAUUGAUGGUGAACAUCAAAUGAUGUCUGAAAUUUUUGCUCGUGGUCCAAUUUCUUGUGGUAUUGAUGCUACUAACAAGUUGGAAGCCUACACUGGAGGUAUCUUUGAAGAAUUUGAAAUCUUCCCAAUGAUUAAUCACAUCAUUUCAGUUGUUGGUUGGGGAGAAGAAAAUGGAAAGAAGUAUUGGAUUGUUAGAAACAGUUGGGGCGAACCAUAUGGAGAACAAGGAUUCUUCAGAAUUAUUAGAGGUACCACAAGAUUCUACAAUUUGGCAAUUGAAACACAAUGUGCUUUUGCUGUACCAAUUGUUUAA